AUGGCCCUGACUCGAUACCUCCUGUGGUGCGUGAACGACCUGGUGGGGUUCCGCGUCCCGGAACUCCGUUCCGUGGCGGCCAUGCUGGGAAUCCAGCUUCGGUUCCAGGAUCCCGAGGAGACGGAACACCCGUAUCUCCUGGUGGACCUGGAAGACGACGAGUCGGCUCGGAAGAUCCUGUCGCGGACGCUGCUCGUUCGGUCCUGUUUUCGGUUGUACGCCGCGGGUCAGAGCAUGGCGGAGAUCCAUCGGCAGAUUCGUUCGCUUAUCGCUCAGGACUUCUUGUCUGCGUAUCGGGAGGCUUCGUUCAGGAUCCAAGUGGAAGGCUUCUCCAAGACCAUUUCCUUUCAGGAGAAGUUGGACCGGGUCAACGCCUUCGCAUACCUUCCGUUGAAGGGGCCUGUGAAGCUGAAAGACCCGGAUCUGAGCUUGCACCUUUUCGAAUAUUAUGGCUUGGAUCCGAAUCGCGCGCCCGAAGAACCGUAUCGGAUUUUCUUCGGACGAUGGGUCUGUGACGGUCAGAGGAAGCAGACGUCGAAAUAUUCCCUGAAGGAUCGGAAGUUCAUCGGGAGCACCUCGAUGGAUCCUUGUCUGGCUCUGAUCAUGGGGAACCUGGCACAGGUGAAACCGGGUGAUAUCGUCCUCGACCCGUUUGUAGGCACCGGAUCCCUGCUGAUCGGCUCGGGGCACUGGGGCGCCUACGUCCUUGGAACGGACAUCGAUUAUUUGACCUUGCACGGGAAGACGAAGCCGACGCGUUACAAUCAAGAAUUCCGAGCCCCGGACGAGUCCGUCGAAGCCAACAUGAAGCAAUACGGACUCUGGAAUCGGUACCUGGACGUGGUGGUAUCCGAUGCAGCCUUGCCGAUCUGGAGACGGAAUUUGAGACUGGAUGCCAUCGUGACCGACCCUCCGUAUGGGAUCAGGGAAGCCACGGAAAAAAUCGGGAGCAAGAGACACAAGCCUCGACCCGUUCUGGGCCACCAGGUGAAGAGUCACAUCCCCUCGAGGGUUCAAUACGGGCUGGGGGAGAUUUACAAGGACCUCCUGAGGUUUGCAGCCACCCAUCUGGAGAUCGGGGGGCGGCUUGUGUUCUGGUACCCGGUUAACCAGGACGGUUACUGCGAGGAACGUCUGCCGUCCCUGUCCUGUCUCCAACUCAGGGCCAACUGCGAACAGGUCCUAAGCGUUCACUCGAGUCGACGGCUGAUGGCUUACACCAAGAUCAAGGAACCUGAGAGUUCCGAGGAGCCCUUCGUCGACGCGGAGCUCCUGGCCGGGUUCCGGGACAGGUUCUUCGGGUCCGCCGCGAAAGGGACUCGGCAGGAGAGGAAGAAAACGGUGAAUGAGAAACGACAGAAGCGACUCCACGAACUUCACGCCCAACUUUCGUCCGCGUCUGAGGAGGGGUCGUGA